AUGUCAGCCUCAACAACACAGGGGACGAGACCGCCACCCACAGAGGAGACAGGAGAAGGAACAGGCGCGGCCGCAGGAGGGGAAGGGUCCAACACAGGUGAGGGCGCCGGCAGAGACGUCGAAAGCAACAGAGGCGCAGAGUCGGAAACAGGUGCAGAAGCCGGUGGAAGCGACGAGACAGACUGCGGGGGCGGAGCCGCACACACCACCACCUCGUCGUGUACACCACCGUCCACACACGCCUGGCCAACAGCCACCACCGGGUCAGCAGGCGGCAGGGUAACCUCCCCACCUACUCCAUCACGAGGCGGCAGGUCCUACGCCACCAACGGGGGAAAAUCCUAG